GAUUGCUUGUACUCGGCUGCUUACGGAAUACAUAUAUAUUCCCCUACUUGCCUUGGACUUCUUCAUCUAGUUAGCGGGGCCUGGGACAACAGAUUAGAAUAGCUUAUCGUGUCAUUGUGUCAUUUGGUUUUCGUUCGUUACCGCGGAAUCGAUUUAGUUUCAGGCAUAACAAUUGGCGACGGUGGUUUGGAAACAUGGAUCCUUCUAAACUCGAAUCAUUACUUGAACAGCAGCUGAAGCUCAUACAAAUGCUGACAGACAUGAAAGUUUCGCCCCCUUCACAGCCUAGCACAGCUAAUGCAACCACAGCACCAUCAGUAGACGGCGUCGCAAAUAGUAUUGCUGAGUUUCAUUAUGAUCCUGAUGCAAACGUUACUUUUGACAUGUGGUUCCGGCGUUAUGAAGACCUAUUUAAAUUUGAUUUUGCUAAUCAAGAUGAUGCUUGGAAGGUACGACUGCUACUUCGGAAGUUGGGUGCAAGUGAGCUGGACAGGUACUGCAAUUUGAUCCUGCCAUUGAAUCCACGUGAUCGCUCUUUCGCAGACACAGUCCAGACACUAAGCCUACAUUUUGGGGACAAUUCAUCAUUGUUUAACACCCGUUACCGAUGUUUGAAGCUGGUUAUGAACGAAGACGAUGACUUCCUUACGCAUGUGGGCAUCGUUAACCGUGAAUGCGAACGGUUCCGGUUAAAGUCUUUAUCUGAAGACCAGUUCAAAGCCCUUAUCCUCAUUUGCAGCCUUCAGUCCCAGAAGUUCAGUGACAUAAGAACGCGACUACUAUGUCGAUUGGACCAAGAUCCAAAACUCACACUAAAUGACAUGGCUAAUGAAUAUCAACGCCUAGUAAAUCUACAACGAGACACGUCGAUGGUUGAGAGUGGUGGGUCUAGUCGAUCGGAAGUACGAGUAAUCCAAAAGACAACUAACCAGAAUCAGUGCGCUCCCGCUGCAUUCAGUCCAACUCAUUUCAGCCCAAUUCGACAGACCAGAACAAAUCCCUCCACUCCUUGCUGGCAUUGUGGUGCAUGGCACUACGUAAGGAAUUGCCCAUUUAAGCAACAUCGAUGCAGGAAGUGCAAGGUUGUUGGCCACAAGGACGGGUUUUGCCUUAAGAGCACACCAAAUCGAUCCAGUAAUACCAAAAAGACGGUUCCAAAGCCCUGUACCUCUUCUUUGAGCUUGGUAUCUUCUUGUCAGAGUUCAUCACCAGGUGAGAGGAAAUUCAUUAACAUUAAUAUUAAUGGAGAUUUUUUUAGAUUGCAAAUAGAUACCGCAUCAGACGUCACCAUCCUCUCUCACAAAAAUUGGAUCAAAAUGGGUCGCCCAAGCCUGCAGCGAACAACUAAAAAGCCUCGUACCGCAUGUGGUAAUUUCCUACACUUAGAAGGACAAUUGGAAUGUAGAGUGACCUUCCGGGAGUCGUCAUUUACCGGGGUAUGUCAUAUAACUCCAGCUGAUCUAAAUUUACUUGGUUUAGAUUGGUUCGAUCAACUGAAAUUGGCUGAUGUCCCACUAAAUACCAUAUGCCACAUGAUAUCACAACCUCAUGGCACUGAAUCGUAUACCAGGAAGCUAAUGGCGCAGUUUUCAUCGAUUUUCCAGCCUGGUUUGGGACAGUGUUCUACCUUAAAAGCAACGCUUCGUUUGAAACCUGGAGCUAAGCCUGUCUUUCGUCCCAAAAGACCCGUGCCUUAUGCGACGUUACCAACAGUAGAUGAAGAAUUAAACCGCCUCCAACAACAAGGAGUAAUUACUCCCGUUUCUUACUCCGCCUGGGCAGCACCGAUAGUGGUCAUCAAGAAAGCAAACGGCACCUUACGAAUAUGUGCUGAUUUUUCUACAGGUCUAAAUGCAGCCCUUGAACAACACCACUAUCCCUUACCAGUUCCGGCAGAUUUGUUUACGAUGCUGAAUGGGGGAAAAUUCUUCGCAAAACUGGAUCUUGCUGAUGCUUAUUUGCAAGUUGAAGUAGACGAAGCAUCUAAGGAGCUGCUUACUAUCAACACUCACCGUGGGUUAUUUCAGUACAACCGUUUACCAUUCGGUGUCAAGACUGCACCAUCUAUUUUCCAACAAUUAAUGGAUACUAUCUUAUCGGGCAUCCCGGGAGUCGCGGCUUACCUUGACGACAUUCUAAUUGUUGCCGCAACGUUAGAACAGCUACAUGAGCGAACGACAUCGGUACUGAAACGCAUUAGUGAAAACGGGUUCCGGUUACGACCUGAGAAAUGCCAGUUUUUAUUACGGUCCGUAAAGUAUUUGGGGUUUAUUUUUGAUGCUGACGGCCGCAGACCGGAUCCUGAAAAUGUCCAAGCGAUACGACAGAUGCCCACACCCACGAAUAUCUCCGCACUGCGUUCCUUCAUGGGACUGGUCUCUUACUAUGCCGCGUUCGUCCCUUCAAUGCAUGACAUUCGUGCCCCACUGAAUGGCCUACUGAGCAAGAACAGUACGUGGAACUGGACUAAAGAGUGUGACGCAGCAUUCUGUAAACUGAAGUCCAUCAUCAGCUCGAAAUUGUUAUUAACGCACUACGAUCCAUGCAUGCCAAUCAUUGUAGCUGCAGAUGCCUCAGCGUAUGGCGUAGGAGCCGUCAUUUCUCAUCAGUUUCCAGACGCAACAGAGAAGGCUGUCAUGCACGCAUCCCGAACACUGACCCCGGCAGAAAGGAAGUAUAGUCAGAUAGAGAAGGAGGCUCUCGCCCUGGUGUUUGCGGUGCGGCGGUUCCACAAAUUUUUGUACGGUCGGAGGUUCACACUCCUUACGGAUCACAAGCCCCUUCUCGCAAUUUUUGGUUCGAAAUCUGGCGUCCCGGCCCACUCUGCAAACCGUCUCCAACGAUGGGCUUUGAUCCUCUUGGGGUAUGAUUUUGACAUUCAGUAUCGACGCACCAAACAAUUUGGUCAAGCAGACGCAUUGUCACGACUCAUCAACGAACACUCUACGACCGAUGAAGAUGCCGUUAUCGCUUCUUUUUCGACAGAAGACCACGCGCAAUGCUACCUGACAACCGCUGUUCGUGCUUUGCCAGUCUUAGAAUCUGAGAUACAAAUUGCUUCCAGAACGACCCCCAACGACACGCUGCCGGAGCAGAAGUCCCCCGCAGAGAUCCUCAUGGGAAGACGGCUGAGGACCAUUCACAACUUGAUGCUGCCGAAAUCCACACCACCACUAAUACAAACCACGUCCCGGAAGCUACCCACGUACAACGUUGGAUGCCCAGUAUUCGCUCGGGACUACAGAGCAAAUCGUGACCCUUGGAUCGAAGCACGUGUGGUUAGACGGAUGGGAGAAGUUAUGUAUGAGGUUGAGGUAGGAACGGACAGAUGGACCAGACAUCGAAAUCAACUACGCAAGCGGUUAACACCAGAGCGCCCAUCGACCGAAGUAAAGAUUCCGCUGGACGUACUAUUGGAUACAUUUAAUCUGCCGGCAGUCCCAACGCAUGAAGAAGAUCAAAAGGUCGAUCUACGGUCCCGAAGAUGGUCACUGCGCCAACGGCGACAGACAGUUAGAAUGCAGGUGGACCCAAAGAAUGUCCGUUACUAAAAAGGGGAGGUGUUGGGGAUGUCAAAUCCCCAGAACUUACUUGGUAAAUGGCCUAAUCUUGUAGUUUUAUUUUGAAAAUUUGAAUUUAGCUGUUUUCGCGCCAAAAGCGCUCUUUUACCUUCACGUCAUAUUUCCCACCUGUAAACUAUCUUAACCGCUAUUGGUCCUUUGUUUCUUUAUGUGUGCUAUUUACUAAUGGUGCUCAAGGACAAUUUGUUACUGUAUAAAUGCGCUUGACUUUUUCCCUUAUUUGAUUGCUUGUACUCGGCUGCUUACGGAAUACAUAUAUAUUCCCCU